UAACUGACGAACUUCGUGACACACAUGCCCGAGUCGUUGCCGAAAACAAACGCUAUCUUAAGGAACUGGAACAUCUGCAGGAGGAGUUCGAUCAGUACAAGGCCGAAAAUAACAUGGAGGAGGUCGGAAAACAGAUUGCAGAGAAGGAUCUCAAGAUUUCCCAGUUGGAGGUUGCACAGCACCACGCUAAAUCCGAUAUUGAAAUCCUCAACGUUCGUCUGCAGAAUGCGAAUUCGCUGUUGGAGGAGAACGAACAGAGGUUGAGGGUUACAACCAAAGAACGACAGAACCUUGUGCACCGCAUUGCCCAGUUGGAAACGGAGCGCGACACGGCG